AUGGCUUCUCUCUACAACCUGGAGCCGCAGCCCACGGCGAAGGUCCUCCUGCUCACCACCGCUGGCGAUAUAGAACUGGAGCUGUUUGCCAAACAAACGCCACUCGCAUCGCGUAAUUUCCUUCAGCUAUGCCUCGACGGCUACUACGAUGGCACAAUCUUCCACCGCCUUGUCCCCGGCUUCAUUAUACAAGGUGGGGAUCCCACGGGUACCGGCUCUGGUGGGGAGUCAAGCUUCGACAAUGGCGAGCCGUUCGCAGAUGAGUUCCACUCGCGGCUCAAGUUCAACAGGAGAGGGCUACUAGGGAUGGCAAAUACGGGGGCGAAGGAUGACAACGGGAGCCAGUUCUUCCUGACGCUGGGAGAGACGCCGGAGCUGACCGGGCGGAACACAAUGUUCGGUCGCAUAGCGGGCGAUACAAUCUACAACCUCAUGAAGAUGGGAGAGUCGGAGCUGACAGAGGGAAGCGAGAGGCCGCUGUACCCGACGAGGAUCACUGGAACCGAAAUCCUGGUAAAUCCUUUCGAGGACAUGGUCAAGAGGGUGCGGACAAAGCUCUCAAAGGCAGAGGACGACAACAAAGCCAAGAAGAAGGCGAAGCGGAAAGCUGGGAAGAACAUCCUCAGUUUCGGGGGCGAUGAGGAAGAUGCCGACAUCACAGCGCCCAUCGCCAAGAAGCCAAAGUUCAACAUGAAACUGGUCAGUGUAGGGCAAGAAGAUGGAGCCGUCUUGAACAACCCGCCUAUGCCCAAACCCUCAGAGCGAAAACCAGGACCGCAUACCAAGAAGCCGAUAUCUCUCUCACCAUCCCGAUCUCCACCACCCCAGUCAAUCGCCGCACCAUCAGCCCGCAACCGCUUACUCACCCGCUCUCCAUCAUCUUCGCCCGAGCCUCCAGAACCGCAGAAGAACACAGCCCUUCUUGACCGCACAAACGCCCAAAUAGCCGAGCUCAAAGCGUCCAUGAAACGGACUACCGCCACCGCGCCCUCAGCCGCACCACGCAAGAAGUCAGCACUCGAAGCCAUGAUCCCCGAGACCUCCACACGCGGCCGCAAACGGCGGCAAGGCGGCGCCACUGGCAACGCACUCGAAGACCAAAAGGCAUUGGACUUGAUCCGCGCGUUCCAAACGAAGCUAGAUCAGGCGCCCGAAGAGGCGUUUCCAGCUCCUACGUCACCACCCAAAGAGUCCACCCCGAAUGCACCAGACGAAAGCGGCGAUGGGGAUGGCGUCCCGACAGCUCAGCCAGCCGAUGCCCUGGACGAAGAGGCUGCGCUCUGCGACCUCCAUUUCAUCGUCAAUUGCCAAUCGUGCACGGCAUGGGAUCGGAACCAGCUUGGCGGCGACGUCGACGAGGAUGAGGACGAGGGCUGGAUGAGUCACAGUCUAUCUUUUGCGAAAGACAGGCUGGGCAAGGAUCUGGAAUGGAAGCGGAAGAACGAGGAGGAGCUGGUUGUCAUUGAUCCUAGGGAGAAAGCCAAAGAGAUCAAGGAGGAGAGGAAGGGGACAAGGGAUGGCGGAGGUGUACGUAGGGGCGAAAGGAGUAACGGGGCGGCUAGGCACGAGCGGAAAGACAAGCGAUGA